AUGGCAAAUAUUCCCAGCCCUUCAGCCAUUUCAUGGAGAAUACAUAAGCCAGAAUUAAUAGUUCCACAAAAUAAAACACCUAAGGAAAUUCUACAUCUUUCAGAUAUAGAUGAUCAAGGAAGUAUGCAUGUCCAAAUUCCCAUAAUAAUGUUUUAUAAGUAUAAUUCUUCGAUGAAAGAGAAAGAUCCUGCAAUGAUCAUAAAAGAUGGAUUGUCUAAAACACUAGUAUUUUACUAUCCAUUAGCUGGUAGGCUCCUUGAAGGAUCUAAUAGGAAGCUUAUGGUGAAUUGUAAUGGUGAAGGAAUCUUGUUUGUUGAAGCUGAUGCUAAUGUGGAGCUUGAGAAAUUAGGUGACUCCAUCAAACCACCAUGUCCAUACCUGGAUUUACUACUUCACAAUGUUCCUGAUUCUGAUGGAAUCAUUGGUUGCCCUCUUAUGUUAGUUCAGGUGACACGUUUUAGUUGUGGUGGAUUUGCUGUUGGAUUCAGAUGUGAUCACACUAUGAUGGAUGCCUACGGACUGAAAAUGUUUCUACGCGGAUUAAAUGAAUUAAUUCAAGGCGCUUCUGCACCUUCUAUAUUACCUGUUUGGCAAAGACAUAUUCUAAGUGCUAGAUCAUCGCCACGCAUUACAUGUACUCACCAUGAGUUUGAUGAGCACAUUGAAUCAAAAAUUGCAUGGGAAUCUAUGGAAGACAAGUUGAUACAAAAAUCAUUUUUCUUUGGCAAAAAGGAGAUGGAAGCUAUUAAAAAUCAAGUUUCUCCAAAUUGUGAAAGCACAAAAUUUGAGUUAUUGAUGGCUUUUCUAUGGAAAUGCCGUACAAUUGCACUUAGUCUGCACCCCGAAGAAGUUGUUCGUUUGACGUACUUUAUUAACAUACGUGGAAAGUCACUAGAAUUGGAAUUGCCACCUGGAUAUUACGGGAAUGCGUUCAUAACUCCAGCCGCAGUAUCAAAAGCAGGAUUGUUAUAUUCAAAUUCACUGACAUAUGCAGUUGAACUAGUCAAGAAUCUUAAUAAUUAUCUAAAUGAAGAGUAUAUUAGAUCACUAACAGAUUUUAUUGUGAUUAAAGGGAGACCAGAGUUGACAAAAUCUUGGAAUUUCAUGAUCUCAGAUAAUAGAUUUGGUGGAUUUGAUGAGUGUGAUUUUGGAUGGGGAAAACCCAUUUUUGGAGGAGUUGCAAAAGCUAUAUCCUUCUUUAGUUUUGGGGUUGCUGGUAAAAAUGACAAGGGUGAAAAAGGUGUUUUGAUAGCUAUAAGUUUGCCUCCACUGGCCAUGAAAAUUUUUGAAGAGGUUGUCAACAAGAUGACUAUAAGAAAUGUGGAAGAAGUCAACAUAAUUUCAAAGAUUUAAAAGUCUU